AUGUACAUUUUUGGUGCAAUUGAUCCAGCAGUCUAUGAGAAGAUUGCACAUGUCUCUACAUCUAAGGAGGCAUGGGAUGUGUUGAUCAACAGCUAUAUUGGAAGAGAGAAAGUGAAGAAGGUACGGUUGCAGACCUUGAGGAGGCAGUUUGAACUUUUGCAGAUGGAAAGAAAAGAAAGUAUCUCUGAUUAUUUCUCACGUACUUUGUCCUUGGCUAAUCAGAUGAAAGCCAAUGGUGAGGAUAUGAAAGAGCUACUGAUUGUGGAGAAAAUACUUCGAACCUUGACAGACAGGUUUGAAGGCAAAGUUACAGCUAUUGAGGAGACACGUGACCUUAGUACUUUGACAGUUGAUGAGUUGCAAGGUUCACUGCAAGCUUAUGAGCAAAGAUUAAAUGAGAAGUCAGAGAUUGGGAUUGAAGAAGCAUUGAAGGCCCAAGUGAACGUGAAGAAGGAAAAGAAUGACUCUAAGAAUGAGGAGUCCUGCAAUGAAGCAAGAUCAAAUGGCAAGAAUCAUAACUCAAAUUACAGAAGGGUACAGAAUAGAUUUGAAAACAGAAGAGGAAGAGGCAGAGGAAGAGGAAGAAGCAACAAUUGGAGCCAAGCCCGUGAUAGCAACAGUUGGAGUCAAGCUCGUGAUAAAUCUAAUGUUCAGUGUUUUAACUGCCAGAAAUAUGGCCAUUACAAAAAUGAAUGCAAUUCUCAGAGGUUUGAAAAUAAGGGGCAUCAUGCUAAGUUUGCAGAAAAUGAUAAAGGCAAUGAAGAAACUUUGUUGCUGGCUUUUAAUGCUGUAAAUGAUGAUGAGAAAAACAAGUGGCUGUUGGAUACUGGAUGCAUCUGUGAUCACAUUUGGUGA